GAAAGGGCUUGAAGACUCCAUUGCCCAAGCCGUGGCGGCCCUGCGAAGCCGCCAAUGGGGACAUCUUCUUCUACAAUCCUGACACAGGUGAAAGCCAGUGGGAUCAUCCAUGUGAUAAUGAGCUCCGGCAUUUAUACACGCUGGAGAAGGCCAAGCAAAAGAUCGAUCCGGAAGUGGUGGCGCCGGGAACGCCUGGCAAAGACUUGUCAGUGAGCUCCAUUUGUGAGGAGACCUCGCCCCAAAGGUCCUUUGAUGACCUGUGUGAGCAGACUCCUUCUCCUCUGAAAAAGGUUUCCAAUGCACAGCUUGAGGCUCAUGGCCUGGCAGCACUAGCAACCAACGCAGCCAAAGCCAAUGCCAUUGAUGGCAGCCUGCCCACAAGCACAUGCAGCAUUAGGCACAUGCUGAUCCCGGAGCGACCAUCAAAGCCUCCUUCUAAGCUUCGACCCCCACGGCCCAAACCGCGGCUGGAAGGUUUUGAUGUGGCAGCGUUUUGUUCACCUAGAGCACAAAGCCCGGAACCAAGUCAGGGGGCCUCUGGUGCAUCAAGCAGUGAGGAAUCAGCAGAGAGGGCAAUCCCUGGCGACGCCAAGAGCCCGCCCACCCCACGACUCAGCGCGGUGCUAACAGCAGAGCUGUGCACCGGUGAGUCCGACGUGGCUGGUGACCAGAUAAGUCUUUGGUCUCGAUUGGAGGAAGGUGACGAGACACUUCGCCAAGUUCCGAAAGCUCACAGGGAAGACUCUUCCAAUCAUAGCUUGAGCAACGUCCAUGAAGGAGACUCUCUUGAGAUUUCCUCUCUGACAGCAGCGCUAGAGAACUCCAACAUCGUCGAAAACGAUGGCUCGAGUCAAAGCAGCCGUGAGUUGCCACCCAAAGAGGGUCAGCAACCACCUGCCUUCAAAUCGCGAGGCUCCCUAUGGCAGGAGCCACCCACCACCGCAGAUACAGUAGUCCAUAUGAGCGAGCUGCGCCGAUUACGCCAGCAGCUUGAAAACAAGGACCUAGCUUCCGAGCAUGGGCAGACAGGCGAGAGCCCAUCACCUGCAGGGAAGCAAGAGGCUGAUUUUAAGGAGGAUACACAGCAUUCACAGCACUCACAGGAGAAGCCAGUUCAGGACUCAACCACUCAGACAGAUGACACAACUGCAAGCACAGGGGAGCCUGAUCACUUCCUGUCCAAAGCUGCAGACUGGCCGGGUGUGAUGUCUCCGUUGGAUGUACCUGCGUCUCAAGAUGAAAACUCCCCCCCAGCAAGCUUCAAGGGCGAUGCAUUGGCUGUGAAAGAAUCGAUGGCGUGUUUAGCUGCAGAGCUCAAUGGCUUAGGCUUGGCUGGGAAGGCGGCAAAGGCGGCAGAGAGGAGCAAGCUCUCAGAUUUGCCAGUCAGAGAGGCCAGGCUUCUAAAGGACAUCACCAACGAAAUGCGAGGUGCGGCAGACACAGGAGGUAAGCUGCCUGCAAGCCCCAGAUCCGGUGCAAAUUGGGUGGACAUAACUAACAUGCGUAUGCAGCUGGAACUGUUGGAGCAGCAGCGUGCCUCAGUGGAGCGGCAACUGGACGAGUGCUUGUCCACGUACAGUGUAGAGAAGGCCUCCCACGCUGCUACGCGGGCCGCUCUGCGAGAAAGUCAGCGAGAGGUUUUGCGACUACAAAGCCAGGUGCAGUUCAAGGAGACAGAAACCCAGCGUCUUGAGCAUGAGCUGCAAAGGUGCCAGUCGGAGCUUGGCUCCGUGUUUGAUCAGGCAAAGCAAGCACAAGUCCAGCUCAAGGCCCAGCAGGCAGAGCUGGCUCAUGUCAAGCUGAAGCUCAGGAAUUUUGACACAGAGCCCAGACGCAGCCACACAGCAUUGGCAUCGUCUCACAACGCACGUGGUGCAUCAGCUGCUGCGACGGAACCAAAAACAUCUAGCGUAUCGAUCACUCAGCUCUCUAAUGGGCAGGGCGAUUUCGCUGAGUCCACACUCCGAUGUGGUCAUGGUGCACACUGCUCGUCAGGCGCUCAGGUGACAUCAGAGGUCUCCGAUGCCUUGCGCAAGCGCCGCCGAGAGCUUCGAAAACAGCAUGCCGAGUUGGAGCAGGAGAGACGCCAAUGGCGGCUGGAAGCGCGCAGCCUACGCCGCAGCCAAUCAGCUGACGGACAA